UUAAAGGUAUAAGGAUCUAAUCUCUACACUGUGGGUUAAACCCAUUUAUGUAUAACAUUUGUUAUCUUUAACAUAGUUCUGUAGCAUUCUAUAGGCUUGAUAGGUGGGGUUCAUUUUGCACCAGUGUAAACUGGUGGGUUGUAGGGCAGUGGCACAUGGGGACAUUUGUGGCCAACAAAUCUCCCGAAAAUGCCUCUCCAUAGGAAUUAAUUUAAAUUGCUGGCGAUAUGACCAACAUAUCGAUAAGUCCCCCAAAGUUCUUUGGAGGCAAUGUUCUUCUUAUGUUACAAUUCCUAUAGCCCCUCUUAUCAAAAGCACUGAUGGUUGCCUGCUCCUAGGUUAACUCCCUUAAAACUAUGUUUAGGUUAGGUGGUUAUAUGUAAAAAUCUGAAUUCUUGUAUAUACGUGCAUUAAUUGAAGAGCCAAAAGUAUGUUGCAUUGUAAAGUGCUUGCAUGCAAAAGUGCUUUACCUUAUGGAGGUUAAAAGAUCAGAGUGCUGCUGGAGCAUUGAAUGCUGGAGACACAUGAGAAGAGCUUACUAGCAAUAAGACCCUGAAGCCUGUGGCACUGUCUUGAGCAAGGCAGUGCAGUCUCUGCAUAUACUAGAAGGGAAGGAAGUCAUUAGUGUAGAGGAGUACAUUUUGUUGCUGUUGCAGGAUUUCCUUCCAGCGUUUCCCAACCAAAAUUCCAUGGUUUUUAGGGAAUUUUGUUGUUGUUUCUGUUUUUAGUUAAUUAAGAGCCCUUAGAAGUGUCCACACAGCACCAUUCCUGCUCACAUUGCUCUCAGGAUCCCAGGCACAGCAGAGCAGCAGAUUUUUCAUCUCUUAUGGGACCGUACCUUGGAAUUUACUUUUUUUUGGAGGAAAGAUGCAGGAAGGCGGCUGUAAAUCUUAGCACACAACUGCAAAGCUGCUCUGAGGACAGUGAGUUUCACAGAAGAGGGGAUCGGACUUGUUUGUGAGCAAAUCAAAUGUAUGCUGGGCAGCCUGAGCCAACAGGACACUUCUGGCUUUUGGAUUGCAGAUGUGAGCAUUUAUGACAAAAGAAAACUGCUGUAAUCUGGGCUACAACAAAAAAAAGGGAAGAAUUUUCUGACAGUGUUGCCUGCAUUCACUUAGCACCAUGAAACCCUGGAUGUUAUAUCACAGCAGCAUACUGCCUUCGCUCCUUCUAUGAUCCUCCGAAUAUUCUUAUUAUUUUGGCUUUUCUUUAAAAAAAAAAAAAAAAAAUCUUUUCUAUUUUGGAUUGGGCAAGGAGGAAACUGGAAUCACUGUCUCCAUUAUUUUUCUAUUGCUUUUUUAACAUCUUGGUUUACAAAAAAAAAAAAGUAAAUAUGUUCCCUGUUUAAAGGGGAAAGAAGCAUGACUAUCACCAACUGUAUAAUCCUCAUUUCUGCACCUAUCUCUCAUAUAUCUUGAUGUUCAACAUUUUUGCCUACAAAUAUGAUGAAAUGGCAGCCCCGGAAGAAGGCAUACUUCAGACAGGGUGUUGCCCUCCAGUAUCUCGGUCGCCAUGCGGAUGCACUGGCUGCAUUUGCUUCCGGCUUAGCUCAGGAUCCCAAAAGUUUACAGCUUUUGCUUGGCAUGGUGGAGGCAGCAAUGAAAUCGCCUAUGAGAGAAUCUCUGGAACCAACUUAUCAGCAGCUACAAAAGAUGAAACUGGACAAGAGCCCCUUUGUGGUUGUGUCGGUGAUUGGACAAGAACUACUGACUUCAGGACAUCAUGGUGCUUCAGUGGUUGUGUUAGAAGCUGCACUGAAAAUUGGAACUUGCAGCUUAAAACUGAGGGGCUCAGUGUUUUCUGCACUGAGCAGCGCUUACUGGUCUCUUGGCAACACAGAGAAAAGUACAGGAUACAUGCAACAAGACUUGGAAGUGGCAAAGACUCUAGGUGACCAGACGGGAGAAUGCCGAGCCUAUGGAAAUCUGGGAUCUGCAUUCUUUUCCAAAGGAAACUUUCGGGAGGCACUUACUAACCACAGGCAUCAGCUUGUUCUUGCCAUGAAACUGAAGGAAAGAGAGGCAGCAUCAUCUGCCUUGAGCAGCUUGGGUCAUGUCUACACCGCGAUCGGAGAUUACCCCAAUGCACUGGCGAGCCACAAGCAGUGUGUACUCCUAGCUAAACAAUCCAAAGAUGAACUUUCUGAAGCAAGAGAACUGGGCAACAUGGGAGCAGUCUAUAUUGCUAUGGGGGACUUUGAAAAUGCAGUCCAUUGUCAUGAACAACAUUUAAAAAUUGCUAAAGAACUUGGAAACAAACGUGAGGAAGCCCGGGCUUACAGUAACCUUGGCAGUGCCUUUCACUACAGAAGAAACUUUGACAAAGCAAUGUCCUACCACAAUCAUGUGCUGGAACUUGCACAGGAAUUGCCGGACAAGGCAAUUGAGAUGCGAGCCUAUGCAGGUUUAGGGCAUGCUGCGAGAUGUAUGCAGGAUUUGGAGAGGGCUAAACAAUACCAUGAACAGCAGUUAUCCAUUGCAGAGAGUCUCAAGGACCGGGCAGCUGAAGGAAGAGCUUCUUCUAAUUUGGGAAUAAUUCACCAGAUGAAAGGAGAAUUUGAUACUGCACUGAAACUACAUAAAACUCACCUUUCCAUCGUUCAAGAGCUAAAUGAUUAUGCAGCCCAGGGCAGGGCAUAUGGAAACAUGGGAAAUGCCUACAAUGCACUUGGAAUGUACGACCAAGCAGUUAAAUAUCAUCGGCAAGAACUUCAGAUAUCUAUGGAGGUCAAUGACCGAGCCUCACAAGCAUCUACGCAUGGGAAUUUAGCUGUAGCUUACCAGGCUUUAGGUGCUCACGACAGAGCAUUACAGCAUUACCAAAACCAUCUAAAUAUUGCCAGGGAACUGCGAGAUAUACAAAGUGAAGCUCGAGCACUGAGCAACCUUGGAAAUUUUCAUUGCUCUCGUGGAGAAUAUAUGCAGGCUGUACCUUUUUAUGAACAGUACCUAAGGAUUACUCCUGACUUACAAGAUAUGGAGGGUGAGGGGAAGGUAUGCCAUAAUCUUGGCUAUGCACAUUAUUGCCUUGGGAACUAUCAGGAUGCUGUGAAAUACUAUGAGCAGGAUCUUGCACUAGCAAAAGAUCUUCACGACAAACUAAGCCAAGCCAAGGCGUAUUGUAACUUGGGUCUUGCUUUUAAAGCAUUAAUGAACUAUAAUAAAGCGGAAGAUUGCCAGAAAUACCUUUUGUCUUUGGCACAGUCCUUGAAUAAUUCUCAAGCGAAAUUCCGUGCACUUGGAAACCUUGGUGAUAUUUUUGUUGCUAAGAAAGAUAUAAAUGGUGCAAUAAAAUUUUAUGAACAGCAGUUGAGUUUAGCCCAUCAAGUCAAAGACAGGCGACUAGAGGCAAGCGCUUAUGCUGCUUUAGGCAGCGCUUACAGAAUGAUACAAAAAUAUGACAAAGCAUUGGGAUAUCACACACAAGAGCUAGAGGUCUUUCAAGAAUUAAACGAUUUACCAGGUGAAUGCAAAGCUCACGGUCACCUUGCAGCAGUGUAUAUGUCUCUAGAAAAAUAUACGAUGGCCUUUAAGUGUUACGAAGAACAGCUUGAACUUGGGCAAAAGCUGAAAGAUCCUAGCAUUGAGGCUCAGGUCUAUGGAAACAUGGGCAUCACCAAAAUGAACAUGAACGUAAUGGAGGAAGCCAUUGGCUAUUUUGAACAACAGCUAGCAAUGUUGCAACAGUUGAAUGGAAAUGAUUCCAUGUUAGACAGAGGUCGAGCUUAUGGAAAUUUGGGGGAUUGUUAUGAUGCUCUGGGUGAUUAUGAAGAAGCAAUAAAAUAUUAUGAACAGUACUUAUCUGUAGCCCAGAGCUUAAAUCGUUUACAAGAUCAAUCCAAGGCUUACAGAGGUCUAGGGAACGGACACAGAUCGUUGGGGAAUUUGCAGCAGUCUCUUGUAUGCUUUGAAAAGAAACUUGUGGUUGCUCAUGAACUGGGGGAAACGUCAAACAAAGCCCAGGCGUAUGGAGAGCUGGGAAACUUGCACAGUCAGCUAGGAAAUUAUGAGCAAGCAAUAUCCUGUCUAGAACGUCAAAUAAAUAUUGCCAGAGAAAUGAAGGACCAGAUACUUGAAAGUGAUGCAGCCUGUGGUUUGGGUGGAGUGUAUCAGCAGAUGGGGGAAUCUGAUACAGCAUUACAGUAUCAUCAACUGGACCUGCAGAUAGCAGAAGAAACAAAUAACCCCUCAUGUCAAGCUCGAGCAUAUGGAAAUCUUGGACUAACUUAUGAAUCCUUGGGUAACUUUGAGCGAGCUGUUGUUUAUCAAGAGCAGCACCUUAGUAUUGCUGCAGAAAUGAAUGAUUUAGCUGCAAAGACUAUAGCCUACAGUAGUUUAGGAAGGACUCAUCAUGCCUUGCAGAACUACUCACAGGCCGUUAUGUACCUACAAGAAGGCUUGAGGUUAGCAGAACAGCUGGCCCGUAGAGAAGAUGAAGCCAAAAUAAGACAUCGUCUUGGACUUUCGCUUUGGGCUAGUGGAAACCUGGAAGAAGCUCAACACCAACUUUACAGAGCUUCAGCGUUAUUUGAAACAAUAAGACAUGAAGCCCAGCUCAGCACUGAUUAUAAGCUUUCUCUGUUCGAUCUGCAAACAUCAUCAUAUCAGGCUCUGCAGCGUGUUCUAAUCAGUCUCGGGCAUCAUGAUGAAGCUUUAGCAGUAGCAGAAAGAGGAAGAACCAGGGCAUUUGCAGAUCUUCUAGUAGAAAGGCAGACCGGCCAGCAAGAUUCUGAUCCUUAUUCACCUGUGACAAUUGAUCAGAUUUUGGAAACAAUUAAUAGUCAGAGGGGUCUGGUGCUGUACUUUUCAUUAGCUGCGGGUUAUCUGUACAGCUGGCUCCUUGCUCCUGGUUCUGGAAUCUUGAAGUUCCAUGAACAUUAUUUAGGAGAUAUCUCAGUGGAGAACACCAGUGAGUUCAAUGAACCAGGAAGCAUGAGUUUUCAAGGCUGUAAUAACUCUGUUUUAGAGCAGUACAUUGCUAAUGUGCGAGAAACUUUAGGAGUGGACUCAUACUACACCAGGACUUGUGCUAGCAGCGAGACUGAAAGUGAGGCUGGAGAUUUCAUGGACCAACAAUAUGAUGACCUUAACAAUAAAAUCAACUCUGCUACAGACCCAACUGGAUUUUUAAGAAUGGUUAGCAGAAACAACACAUUUAACAGGAGUUGCCAAAGUAUGACAAGUCUUUUAAGUAAUACCAUGUCACCGGUGAAGGACAACACAUCUUCUCUUCCUCGAAAACAAAGCUCAUUCAGUAAACCACCUCUGCGGGCUCUCUACGACUUGCUCUUAGCUCCAAUGGAAGGGGGUCUCAUGCAUUCCAGUGGCCCGGUGGGCAGGCAUCGGCAGCUUGUGUUGGUGUUAGAAGGAGAACUCUAUCUCAUUCCUUUUGCUUUGCUCAAAGGGAGCUCAUCAAAUGAGUACCUCUAUGAAAGAUUCAACCUUAUUGCCGUACCUUCCAUUCGAUCUCUCAGUAUCAAUUCCAAGUCUCACUUCCGGAAGAAUACUCCAAUUUACUCAAAUUCUACCUCAAUGGCAGCUGUUGUGGGCAACCCCAAACUUCCUCCAUCAGUAAUGGAUCGAUGGCUUUGGGGGCCAAUGCCUUCCGCAGAAGAAGAAGCCUAUAUGGUGGCAGAGCUACUUGGAUGCCAACCACUUGUUGGCAAUUUAGCAACAAAAGAAAAAGUCAUGAGUGCCCUUUCUCAAGCGGAAUGUGUCCACUUUGCCACUCACAUUUCAUGGAAACUAGCAGCUAUUAUUUUGACACCCAACAGCGAAGGUGGUUCGGGAACAACCAAAACAUUUGGCAAUACUUAUACAAUACCUGAAUCUCUGCAAAUGCCGGAUGAUGCCAGUGAUGUAGAAAGCAUAUCAGACUGUCCCCCUCUUCAGGAGUUUUUGCUGACCGCAGCAGAUGUUUUGGAUCUUCGGCUUCCCGUUAAAUUAGUUGUUCUUGGUUCUUAUCAGGAAUCCAGCAACAAGGUUACAGCAGAUGGUGUUAUUGGCUUGACAAGAGCCUUUUUGGCUGCAGGAGCUCAGUGUGUCCUUGUAUCUCUUUGGCCUGUUCCUGUGGUGGCUUCAAAAAUGUUCGUUCAUGCAUUUUACUCAUCUCUCCUAAAUGGAAUGAAAGCAAGUGCAUCGCUCUCUGAAGCAAUGAAAACAGUGCAGAGUAGUAAGCAAUACUCACAUCCAUCAAACUGGGCAGGAUUCAUGCUCAUUGGAAGUGAUGUGAAGCUCAACAGCCCAUCCUCACUGAUUGGACAAGCCUUGUCAGAAAUCCUUCAAACCCCAGACAGAGCAAGGGAUGCCCUUAGAGUCCUGCUACAUCUAGCUGAGAAGUCUUUGCAGCGAAUUCAGAAUGGACAGCGGAAUUCUAUGUAUACGUCUCAACAGAGUGUGGAGAACAAAGUUGGUGGAGUACAAGGCUGGCAGUCAUUGUUGACAGCUGUAGGGUUUCGUCUGGAUCCUCCAUCCAGCGGGCUUCCUGCAGCAGUGUUUUUCCCUACUUCUGAUCCUGGUGACCGUCUGCAGCAGUGCAGUACCACCAUACAGUCACUUUUAGGUUUGCCUCAUUCGGCUCUUCAGGCACUUUGUAAGCUCAUAACUGCGUCAGAAAUUGGAGAACAACUUAUCAAUCGGGCUGUUAAAAAUAUGGUUGGAAUGCUACAUCAAGUCCUUGUUCAACUUCAGGCUGGAGACAAAGAACAUGAUUUCUCAUCAGCACCAAUUCAGGUGUCCAUCAGUGUUCAGCUGUGGAGACUUCCAGGAUGCCAUGAAUUUUUAGCAGCUUUGGGUUUUGACCUGUGUGAAGUUGGCCAAGAGGAAGUCAUUCUGAAAACAGGCAAACAAGCUAACAAGAGGACAAUGCAGUUUGCUUUACAGUCACUUCUUGCACUCUUUGACUCCACAGAGCUUCCCAAGCGCCUUAGUCUUGACAGUUCUUCAUCACUUGAAUCGCUGGCUUCUGCUCAGUCUGUGUCCAAUCCAAUGCCUCAAGGAUAUCCAGGUCAUCCAUUCUCACCACCUUGCCCAGAUGGCAUGGCUUCAGAUGCUAUCUCUGUCUACAGUCUGAGCUCAAUUGCCUCUUCAAUGAGUUUUGUUUCUAAACCUGAGUGUUUACUAGAGGGAGACCAUAAAGUCCGUCAUGAUCAUGAACGGGCAAAAAAUAUUUAUUCUCUUAGAACCUCAGCAUCAAGAAGCCAGUCUUCCCCUCAAUCCAACAUUUCACUUGGCAAGGAAGAGCAGGAAGAAUAUGAUGGAUUUUCUAUAAUAAGCACUGAACCACUCCUUUCAUAUAUUGAAAACACAGAUUCUGGAAUCAAACAGGAUUGUAUUCAGCAAAGCAUUCACGUGUCUGUUAAUCCUAAAGGUAGCAUAAGUACACCCAGCUCCCCUGUCAAGUUGGCUUUCAUUCAAAGUCCAAAUUCCCCUUUUCAGAAAGUUGGAAAGCUUGCAAGUUCUGAUACUGGAGAAUCUGAUCAGUCUAGCACCGAAACUGAUAGUACAGUCAAAUCUCAAGAAGAGAACCAAAAGCUUAAUCCUGAAGAGCUGGCUCAAAAAAUAUUAGAGGAAACCCAAAGCCAUCUGAUAGCUGUUGAACGUCUUCAAAGAAGUGGCAGUCAGGUGAUUAAGAGGAGCAGUUCAUCUGAUGGUGCUUCAACUCCAAAUGGUGGCUCUAGUUUUAGAUCAUCUGAAACAAGUGCUUUUAGCAGACCUGUUCAGAAGGGAAUGUCCUCCCCUGUUACUGUAAAACCAAAGCCUCCAACAAGGAGUUCUUCUCUUCAGAAAGUUAGCUCAGGCUAUAGUAGCCCAGCAAAUUCAGAAACAUCAUUAAAGGAGGGGAUAAGCAUUCAUAGUGGACAACCUUCACCAAGCUCAGAUUCUCCUCACUUCAAAUUAAAGUAUCCUAGUUCUCCGUACAGCUCACAUAUUUCCAGGUCCCCUCUGAACAUAUCUCCAAGCUCAGGGCAUCAGUCUCCAGCAGGAAGUACCUCAUCCCCAGCAUUGUCAUACUCCUCUGCUGGAUCUGCUCGAUCCAGUCCUGCAGAUGCUCCGGAUAUUGACAAAUUAAAACUUGCUGCCAUUGAUGAAAAGGUGAAAGCUAUUCACAAUUUAAAGAUGUUUUGGACAAGUACUCCACAACAGACGUCUGGUCCAAUAAAAAUAUUACGUGGAGCUCCAGGAACAAUGACUUCGAAGAAGGAUGUUCUUAGCUUAUUGAACCUCUCUCCUAGACAUAGUAAGAAAGAAGAUGCUGCAGAUAACCUUGAACUGAAAGAAUUAUCUGUUCAGCAGAAAAACAUUGAUGCUGCGCAACAAAUUCCUACAAAUGGACAUAAACAGACUGAAAAUAUUAAUGUAGCAAAUGUGACUCAAUCUACACCAUCCAUUAAUCUACCUGGAACACUUCGCAGCAUAAAACUGACUUCUGGAAAUGGAUAUAAAUUCCUUUCACCUGGAAGAUUUUUUCCUUCUUCCAAAUGUUAAAUUGUCUUUUAUACGACUUUUACUGUGGUAUUGCCAUUUGUAUUUUAUGUCCAAUUGCCUUCAUUAAGUGAAAGACUAAAAUAUUACAUGUGAAGCAGUGGUUAUAAUGAAAUAAAUAUAAUAUAAAAGCUC